AUCUUUGCAAGGCACAUAGGUCUCCACCCUUGAAGGAGGGCAGCAGAGGUGUUCUGGAUGCAGAGGCUCCAGGACAAGUGGGGCAGAAGCCAGAGCCUCAGGCCAGAGCAGCAACUCUUUUCCCAUCCUGUGCGCAAGCAGCCUGGGCCCCUGCAUCUGACCCUGGAAGGAAGAACCUCUCAAUAUGUCUUCCAAUAAUGACUCUGUUGUAGUCUCAGUGACAGGAGGAAAUUCCAGUGACCUUCCAGGAAAUUCCAAUGACCCACACACAUUGACUGGAGAGGCUGUGUUAAGUUUUCAUAACAUCAACUACCAAAAAACAGUGCAGCAUGGCUUUCCAUUUUGUAAAAAAACACGUGUGGUAGAAAGACUAUCAAAUAUCAGUGGGAUUAUGAAACCUGGCCUCAAUGUGAUUAUGGGACCUCAAGAUGGAAGCAGAUCUUUGUUAUUGGAUGUCUUAGCUGCAAGGAAAGAUCCACGUGGAUUAUCGGGAGAUAUUUUGAUAAAUGGAAAACCUCGACCUGCUACUUUCACAUGUACUUCUGGUUAUGUGCCACAAAAUGACGUGGUGAUGCACACGUUGACUGUGAGAGACAACUUAGAGUUCUCAGCAGCUCUUCGACUGCCAAUGACUAUGACAAGAGAAGAAAAAAGAAGGCGGAUUAACAAGGCCCUUGAACUUCUGUGUCUAGAUAAAGAGUCAAAUGUUAAGCCUAGAUCUAAAGAGCUCAGGAAAAGGACCAGUAUAGCCAUGGAGCUGGUCACCGAGCAUCCCAUUUUGUUCUUGGAUGACCCCACCACUGGCUUAGAUUGGAGCACUGCUACUGAUGUCAUCUCGGUCCUGAGAAGGAUCUCUAUGAGGGGACGGACAAUCAUCUUCUCCAUUAGUCAGACCCAAUUUUCCAACUUCAUAUUUUUUGACAGCCUCACCUUAGUGGGCUCAGGAAAAGUCAUAUAUCACGGGCCUGCGUGGGAUGCUUCGCAGUAUUUCAAAUUCGCAGAUCUGCACUCUGCAGUCUUCUUCAUGAACAUCAUUGAUGGAGGUUUCCUUACUCUAUUAGAUAUAGAGGAAGACGGCCAUGAUGCCAAUAAACAUAAUAAGCUUUCUGAGAGACAGCACCAACUCACAGAAAAAUUAGCCAAUAAGUAUGUCCAGUCCUCCAUAUACAGCAAAAUGAGAACUGAACUGGAUCCACUCUUGGGAGAACAGAAGGCAGGGAGGAGCUCAGCCUUGGAGGAGAUCACCUGUGCCACCCCUUUCUGGCAUCAGCUCUGGUGGAUUAUCUGUCGUUCAUUUACAAACUUCAAGGUUUUUCCACGGAUCACUGUAAUUUGGGCAUUUAUCACAGUAAUACUGGCAGUGUCUUUGGGUGUUGCUUUCCGUGUCCUAAGAAAUGACUGUAUUGAAGUCCAGACCAGAGCCGGCCUGCUCUUCUUGCUCACAGUCUUCCAGUGUCUCACAAAUGUGACUGCGGGAGAGGUUCUCGUGAUUGACAGGGAUCGUUUUCCACAUGAGCACACCAGUGGAUACUACAGAGUGUCAUCGUAUUUCCUUGGGAAAUUGCUGGGUGAGCUGGUACCCAGGAGGUUGUUGCCAAGUAUUAUAUUUACUGUUAUAGUAUUCAUCAUAGCAGGAGUAAACACAGAUGUGAAGGGUUUCUUCACUAUGUUGUUUACCAUCAUGAUGUUGACUUCUUCUGCCAGUUCCCUGCCACUGUCUAUAGGGGCAGGGCAGAUUGCAAAGGAUGUACCAAUAGUAAUUGUGACCAUCUACUUUGUGUUCAUGCUGUUUAUUUCAGGUCUAUAUUCCAUAAACGUCAUACAGGACUUCUCAUGGAUUCAGUACUUUAGCAUUCCGCAUUAUGGAUUUACAGCUUUGCUGCACAAUGAAUUCUUGGGACAAAACUUCUGUCCAGAGAACAAAACUGCAGAAAUCAGUAGAUGUCAGAACUUUGUAAUAUGCAGUGGAGAAGAAUUCCUGAUAAUCCAGGGCAUUGAUCUCUCAUCGUGGGGCUUCUGGGGGAAUCACGUGGCCUUAGCUUGUAUGACGAUUAUCCUCUUAUCAAUUACCUAUGUGGAGUUAUUAGCUUUUUCAAAAAGGAGAUGUUUUUUUAAAUCAGUCUUCCACUUUCUUUGAAUUAAACUGACCUUAAAAGAACUAAAAUUUUACUGAUGGGUGACAAUGUCUGAGGAGCAGUAGAUGGCUCUUGAAUUUCAGGAGUUUGGCCCACCAGAACUCAAGGCACUUAUGGGUGGAUCAUGGAUAGGCAAGGCCCUAAGGACUUUGGCUCCAGAAUGUCUCUGGCUACUGCUGUGCCUUUACGUUUUUGCUGCUGCCAUUUUUCUAUGGUAUUUGCCAUGGUGUGAGUGAGUGUGAAGGGAUUCCCCUGUCUUUAAUGUAGUGUGAUUAUCUCGUGGAAAUAUCAUGACCUAUGAGGCAGUUUUACCUGUGGAUUAUAAUGAAGAUGAUUCCCUCUUAAUAUGUAUUAAUUUAAGUAAUAAUUUUACAAUAAUAGUGGUAGUUUAAAGAGAAUUUUGAUGAUUAAGGGCUUUUAUCAAAUGUAGUAAGGGAUUAUGAUAGAUGUCAGUUUAGUGUGAAAAUUAAUAUAGGUAAAUGUAGGAAACAGUGUUGCCCACAGCCCUGAUACAUCAGGGUCUGGA